AUGAAUCAACCCCAGAUUUUUGAAGACGACGCGGGCCGCACCGACACGGGCUCGUUCGACCCUCCCCCAAUCGCCACUGGCGGCAGCGGCGGCGACGGAGGAGGAGGAGGAGCGGCUUCUUGGAUUGCACCGGUGGCGGCGGGUUUGGGCGGGUUCGCGCUGGGCCACAUGAUGGCGGGCGGAGGCGGAGGCAGUCAGUGGGGGGGAGGCGGAAGCCCCUGGCAUCGGGAUAGCGGCGCGCAGCCCGGAGCCGCCACGCCCUGGGGGCACGGCGGGGGCGCGAGGCGUUGGCCGGCGCACCCGGUGGUGGCGCACUCGGGGCGGUUUCCGGAGGAGAGAUACAGGCGGUCGCGGCCGCCCACGUGGAUGGUUGUCAUGAAAUGGCUGCCGUGGGUUGCGGUUGCUGUGGCGCUGUGGCUGUACGUGUUCGCAUACGCGUCCACGAGUGUGGACCUGCAUCCCCACGAGCACCGCAUGCUGCCGCGCUUCUCACCCUUCGUCGCUGGCGUUCAGGUGUCGCCUCUGGCGCUGAUGCCAUCGCCCCCACCCGUGCUGGUCACGUUCACGCGCUACCCGCCCAUAGUCAACGAGGAGUGGGCCACGGGCCGCCCCAACGUGCGCGUCGAGCCCUACUCCUACCGGAGCUGGUUGUUUCACUUCAACAAGUGGUCGCAGAUCACCCUCUCCUUCUCCGACAUCCGCUCCUACCGCCCCCUCGACCUGCUAGUCAUCGAAGGGUCGAGUCAGAUGGGUAAGUUCAAGACGGAUCCGAGGGCGUUCACUGGAGCACUCAGGAAAUACUUCCUCUCGGGGGAUGACGCAGUGACGUUUCAAGUGCCCAGGGACAACGAUUACUACUUUGUGCUUGUCAACUACAACGCCUACCCGGCCACUGUGGCCUUGGUGCAUUUCGAGGUCACGAGUGUGCUGUAUGACAUCAGCAAAGGAAAGAAGUCCUGCAAAAUCAGGAACAAGCACCCGCCUCCCUUGGGAUCUUUAAAUGAGUCGGAUGGCAUGGACAGGAAAACCCUAACCAACGUUACAAGUGGUCCCAUGCGCAUGGCCAUGCCCAUGCCGAUAGCUAUGCCUAUGAAUGGCUCUUCGGCUGUCGUUCCACGCAGCGCUGCUGAGCUGAUGCCACCUGCUGCUGAUGCUGAGAACGUCACUGCCACUUACACCAGUGAUGGGGAUGCUCUCACUGAUAGCGAUGAUGAUGAUGACGAUGAUGACUAUGGCUUUUGCAGUGCCAAGCUGCCUCUCUGGGAAACCCGAUACGUUGUUCUUGCUGCUCCCAAGACCAACAAGGCAGACAGCACAUGGCACGUGCAGGUGGCCUACCAGCCACGAUGGCUCGCCUACUUAACCCUUGUUGGCAUCCCCUGUCUGCUCUCGCUCAUCGCCCUGUCCAUCUACCGCUGCCAGCAGUACCUGCAGCACCGCUCUGACUCCAUGCGCCAGCCCUCCGCCCUCGCCUCCAUCUCCACCGACCCCUCCCCUCUCCCCUCCGCCUUGCCCUCUGAGCAGCACCCUCUUCUCGCCCCUACGGACUCCCCCCCGCUGUACACGCCUCCCGACCAAGCCACAGCAGCAGCAUGCAGUGAUGUGUGCACAGCAUCCCAAUCACAGGCACCAAUUCCUGACACAUGGGCUGUUACAACCACUGCCGACACCCUACCUGGUUCCAGCGCCCCCUCAGCCCCUCCCUUGGAGUCAUCACCGGGGAAGGCAGAGGCGGGGAUUGGGGCCACAGGGCAGGGGAGUGGGGUGGCAGGAGGGUCGGGGUCAGGUGUAGGGAAAGAAGGGGAGGGUGAGGACCAGGACAAGAACUGCUGCUGCGUGUGCAUGGAGAAUCCGCGGAAUGCAGUUAUCCUGGACUGCGGGCAUCGUGCCACGUGCUACUCGUGCGGGCAGGAGCUCAUGCGCAUGGCAAACAAGCGCUGCCCUAUUUGCCGCAGGGAGGUGCGCGAUGUCACAAGGAUAUAUGACGCAUGA